AUGAAUUUUCUUCAAAUUAUCAAAACAGGAAUCCUAAACAUUAAAAAAAUUGCUUUCAAUCAAGAAAUUGAUAAAAUAUGUGAUCAUAUCAUUGAUACUCUUUGUUUAUAAGACUAUCCUAUUUAUUUAGACAGAGCUAUUCUUUAUGAAGUUUAAGUAUUUAUUUUCAUUAUUUUAGUUAGAGCAUUUAUAAAAAUAAUGCAAUUUUCUAAAGAACCUUAUAAAAAUCAAUAAACAUAAUGAAAUCUUUAAUGUAUUAUUGAAAAAUGAAGAAGACACAUAUCAAUUAAAUAAAUACGUUUAAGAAUUAUAGCAAAAUAAUCUAAAUCUUAUGUAAUCAAUAUAUACAUAUGAACGAAUGAUGAAUGUUUUGAAUCAAAAUUAAGAUGAUCACAUUUAUCACUUAAAUAAGAUUAAGGUCUGGUAAGUAUAUUAAACUAAUUUAGGAGUAAAGUAUGGAAAUUGUGUAGCUCAAAAUGA